AGAGAGGGGGAGUCUGGCAGCUCAGCGUGUGUGUGUGUGCGCGGCCCAAGCUCCAGCAGCAGCAACAGCAACAGCAGCAGCAGCAACGUUGGCGAGGCGCUCCCUCACUGCCAGCUACCAUGCACACUUAAAAUAACCCCUGAGCGUCCUCUAAUGAACCAGCGAGCUUAAGGCCUAUAAAUUCAAGAUGGGGAAGCAGAAUAGCAAGCUACGGCCUGAGGUGAUGCAGGAUUUGCUGGACAGCACAGACUUCACGGAGCAUGAGAUUCAGGAGUGGUAUAAGGGUUUCCUCAGGGAUUGCCCGAGUGGGAACUUAUCAAUGGAAGAAUUCAAGAAAAUUUAUGGGAACUUCUUUCCCUAUGGGGAUGCUUCCAAAUUUGCUGAGCAUGUUUUUCGCACUUUUGAUGCCAAUGGAGAUGGAACAAUAGACUUCCGGGAGUUUAUCAUUGCACUAAGUGUCACUUCAAGAGGCAAACUGGAGCAGAAGCUAAAGUGGGCGUUCAGUAUGUAUGAUCUAGAUGGAAAUGGAUAUAUCAGCAAGUCGGAAAUGCUGGAGAUUGUUCAGGCAAUCUAUAAAAUGGUUUCUUCUGUGAUGCGGAUGCCAGAGGAUGAGUCAACACCCGAGAAGAGGACCGAAAAAAUAUUCAGACAGAUGGAUACCAACCGUGAUGGUAAACUAUCCCUUGAAGAAUUCAUCCGAGGUGCCAAAAGUGAUCCUUCCAUCGUCCGUCUCCUUCAGUGUGAUCCCAGCACCGCUGGACAAUAUUAAAUCCAAAAUGGAAGAACAUGACAGUUGGUGUGGCUGUGUUUCUGCUUCCUGCCAUUAUGUCAUUUGGUGACUCACUCACAUCUUCAUGGCCGCAUCUGACAUUGUUCAGCCUGUUUGAUUUUUAAUUAUGACUUUGUAACUGGCUGUUUCAUUAAAUGCUGUCUGAAUAUAUGACACAACCUUUGUGGGCUGUGUGAAUGCAUUGUCACAAUAAUUAUAUGUACCUUGAUCAGAAAUUUUAGAACUUUGUUCUUUUUUAAUUUCAACCAGAAAGAGACUUUGAUUUUAUUUCUAAUGAAACUCUUAUGUCUCUUGGUUGCAAAGGGAACAGAUAUUUGUAUCAGUGGGAGACGUAUCAUAGCCAUUCAGUCAGUAGUCACUCUUCUCCAUACUGCAUUCGGAAAGAAAGCAAAGUUAUCAACGUUGUAAAAAGGAAGCAGGUCAGUCGGGUGGAUGUUUAUGUUGCAGCCUUUGAAUGAUGAGUGAUGCUAAUAUGUUAAGUAUUUUGAUGUUAGUUUAACCCAGUGUGGUUAGAAUUGAAAGUUACUUGAUUAUAAAUAUGAGAUUACGUUCUUUUAGAGUUGUUGAUGGGGUUACACGUAUAUUAGAGUUUGAGCUGCCUUCUGCAAAACAUGCUGGCAAGUCACAGCCUGACAAAUAUUUGUAUUUAAAGGAUAUAAAGGAAACCCAGAACUAUUUUUCACUCUAUUGUACAGCAUUCAUGAGGCUGCUGGAGAUUCACUGCCAAUGUUUUCAUGUAACACUUUGCUAUCACAGUCAAUCCCUUUGGAACAAAAACUUCGGCAGAGGCACGAGACGGGUAUGAGACCCGUAUAUUAUACAUUUUGCUGUCUUUUUUUUCCAUUGGCUGGUGCAAAUUAAAGUUUUGACCUGGAAGUUGAGAAUAACUUCAGAUAAAAUGAAGAAGACAAUUGGACAGGACACUAGUGUGCAAUUCAUUUUAAAGUCGUACAUAUUCGGCCUUAUAUAUUUUAAUAUUACCUUGUUAUUUAUAGUUUAAAUAAGUAACAAAACAGGUCAUUUUUCGAAGCAGUUAGUUAGAGCAUAAUAAUCUUUUUGCUGUACCAUACAAAGAGCUAAGAGAUACAAAAAUGAGACACCGCAACAUUGCCAUUUGUGGAAUAUGUAAUUCUAAUGACAAAAGCAUACUCACCCAGGGGCCAUUUUAAAUAGAGACAU